CCACCGCCCCCAAAGACCCACUCAAAGCCCAACCCCAUAUCCCAAAAAUUGUUUUCUACUUUCCUUCCUCUCUCCCUCGCCCUCCCUUCCUCUCCCUUCCUCCGCCCUCAGGCUCAAGCACCACCUCCACCUUGACCCUCUGAGCUCUGAUGGGGCUCCCUUAUAGCUGCCCUCUCCAUCCUUAAACUCAAUCCAUUCAUUCUCCUAUCUCUCCCCUCUCUUAGGCGAGAAGAAGAAGAAGAGGAAGAAGAAGCUAUUUAUAACCUAUAGAUAUCCCUCAAAGAGGAGGAAAGUGGUAGCAUAAGCAAGAGAGGGAGAGACAGACAGUUGCCUAUCUCUCCUCCUCUCUUCUUCGUUCUUCUCUUCUUGAGUUUCUUCGCCUCAUUUCUUUUCCUCUGUGAGUGGAUUCAGAAUCCGGAAAAACAAACACACAGAAUUCGUUUUCAUUUAUUUAUUCAUUCAUUCUUUCAAUUUUUGAUUUGAUUUGUUAUUGGAUUUGAUCGUUGAUCUCCUUGGGUUUGGGAGUUUGAAUCGUUUGGGAUCGCUGCGGGCAUGGCGGACAUCGUGAAGCAGAUCCUGGCGAAGCCGAUUCAAUUGGCGGACCAGGUGACCAAGUUUGCCGACGAUGCCCAAACCUUCAAGCAGGAGUGCGCCGAACUCAAAUCCAAAACGGAGAAACUUGCCGCCCUCCUCCGCCAGGCUGCCCGUGCUAGCUCCGAUCUUUACGAGCGCCCAACUCGCCGCAUCAUCGAUGAUACAGAGCAGGUCCUUGACAAGGCCCUCACUCUUGUCUUCAAAUGCCGCGCUAAUGGCCUCAUGAAGCGGGUCUUUACCAUCAUCCCUGCCGCUGCCUUCAAAAAAAUGUCUUCCCAACUCGAGAACUCAAUCGGUGAUGUCUCCUGGCUCCUCCGCGUUUCUGCCUCUGCGAACGAUCGCGACGACGAGUACCUUGGCCUUCCCCCCAUCGCCGCCAACGAGCCCAUCCUCUGCCUUAUCUGGGAACAGAUCGCCACUCUAUACACUGGAUCCGUCGAAGACAGAUCCGACGCCGCCGCAUCCCUCGUAUCCCUCGCCCGCGACAACGACCGUUACGGAAAGCUCAUAAUCGAGGAAGGUGGAGUGGUUCCCCUUUUGAAGUUGGUCAAGGACGGACGAGCGGAAGGCCAGGAGAACGCUGCCCGUGCUAUUGGCCUCCUUGGCCGCGACCCGGAGAGCGUGGAGCACAUGAUCCCCGCUGGUGUCUGUGCGGUGUUUGCGAAAAUCCUCAAAGAAGGUCCCAUGAAGGUUCAGGCAAUGGUGGCCUGGGCUGUAUCUGAGCUUGCCGCCCAUCACCCCAAGUGCCAAGAUCAUUUCGCCCAGAACAAUAUAAUUCGGUUGCUCGUCGGUCAUCUGGCCUUCGAGACCAUUCAGGAACACAGCAAGUAUGCGGUGACCAGUAACAAAGCCGUGCCCCUGUCCAUUCAUUCGGUGUUAAUGGCUAGUAACCAACCCAGUCCCAAUGCCGACGGCAGCAUCCCCGCCGUUCAAACUAACAAACCCAAUGAAGACGAGAGUCAGAUCGCUCAUCCACUGGGUCGCCAGCAGCAGAACCAGAUGCUUAAUGUGGUCACAAACACCAUGGCCAUGAGGGGCACCUCAAAGCCACCCCAAUCACAAGGUAACAAUCCCAGCAACACACACCAACCGAACCACGUCAAGAACUCCAAACAAAAUCACCAACAGAAUCAUAAUCUUCACCAGCAGCACGUUGCUCUGGCCGGGGGUAGCAUCAAGGCGAGGGAAUUUGAAGACCCAGCCACCAAGGCCAACAUGAAGGCAAUGGCAGCCAAAGCCCUUUGGCAUCUCGCCAAGGGAAAUUCCGCCAUAUGCCGGAGCAUCACCGAGUCGAGAGCCCUCCUUUGCUUCGCUGUCCUCCUGGAGAAAGGCCCCGAUGAGGUCCAAUUCAAUUCUGCUAUGGCCUUAAUGGAGAUUGCUGCCGUUGCCGAUCAAGACGCUGAGUUGAGACGCUCUGCAUUCAAGCCCAAUUCCCCUGCUGCUAAGGCCGUUUUCGAUCAGUUACUAAGCAUCAUAGAGAAGGCAGAUUCAGACCUCCUCGCACCCUGCGUCAAGGCCAUGGGCCACUUAGCGAGGACUUUCCGAGCCACAGAGACGAGGAUCAUUGGGCCAUUGGUGCGAUUGCUUGAUGACAGAGAAGGGGAAGUUUCUAGGGAGGCUGCUAUUGCACUCACUAAGUUUGCCUGCGGUGAGAAUUACCUACACGUCGAUCACUCAAAGGCCAUAAUCAACGCAGGAGGGGCGAAACAUCUCAUUCAGCUUGUCUAUUUUAGCGAGCAGAUUGUUCAGAUACCGGCAUUGAUUCUGUUAUGCUACAUUGCAUUGCAUGUCCCAGACAGUGAGGAACUUGCACAAGCAGAGGUUCUUACUGUGCUCGAAUGGGCAUCGAAGCAGGGUUACAUGGUACAAGAUCCUACCGUCGACACCUUAUUGCCGGAGGCCAAAGGUAGAUUGGAGCUCUAUCAAUCCAGAGGUUCAAGGGGAUUCCAUUGAUUCACUGUGCACAAGAUGUAAGAUGUAUUUGUCUUUGUCUUUUUUUUUUUUUUUUUUUGAUGAUGGAGUGUAUAUAAGAUUAGGUUUCUGGAUCAUUAGAAUCCCCAUAAGAUCAAAGUUCCAUUCUUCUUCCACCUUUUAAGUUGUUGAUAGUUUGAUGAUACGCACUUCUGUAAUGUGUACUUGACUGCAUGGGUGUUUGUGGAUGAGACAUUGAGGCCUGAGUAAGAAGGUGCAGGUGUGGAACUUGGAAGGGGUCUCCCUCUCACACUCAAUACUCUCACCAUCUCCCAGUUUAUAUAUAACUGUUUUAAUUCCAUGUU